ACACGCUGCUCUGACAUUUCCGGGCCACGUGUCAGCAGCGAUGGUCACAUGACACAGAAGUUCUGGUUCUGUGUUCUCAGCCUGUCUAACUUUUAUCAAACUACUAAUCCCAUCAUGCCACGGGCGUCCGUAGGCCGCUAAAGCGUUGCUGUGACUCGCAAAGAGCGACGGGAGGUGUAGUUCAGCCGCUCCUGGAUGCGGUGGCAGAAGCAGGCUGUCAUGGCGGAUAAAGUGGCUGAGAUGCGGGAUCCCAGUGCCCUGUUUGAGGCGCACAGUGCGGAGGAGAUCCGCGGACUGGAACGUAAGGUGCGGGCUGAGAUCGAGCAGAAGAAGGAGGAGUUGCGGCAGAUGGUCGGUGAGAGAUACCGGGAUCUGAUCGAGGCGGCGGACACCAUUGAGGAGAUGAGGAAAAGCGCCGGGUUGGUUGUGGGAGCUGUCCGGGACAUGGAGCGGUACUGCGGGGCUCUGAAAGGGAAGCCGAGCCCGGCCGGGGGCCUCCGGGGUCCCAGCACGGCGCAGUCCCAGGAAAGAUUUUACAGCACUGCUGCCCAGAUCAAGCUUUUGCUGGAGAUUCCAGAAAAGCUGUGGAGUGCGAUGGAAUCUUCUCAAUACCUCCGUGCAACUCAACUCUACCUUCUGUGCUGUCACUUGCACUCCUUGCUCCAGCUGGAUUCCGCCACCUCUCGCUACAGUCCUGUCCUCGCUAGGUUCCCGAUUUUAAUACGUCAGGUGGCUGCAGCUGGGACAUUCCGCUCCACCAUACUACAAGAAAGCAAGUCCCUCCUCAAAUGUCCUUCAGCAUCUGAUCAAAAUGUUGCCGAGGCACUAUGCUCCAUUAUGCUUCUGGAGGAUAGCUCUCCCCGUCAAGCCCUGGCAGAUUUCCUACUGGCUAGAAAAGCUGGAAUCCAACAGCUGCUCCACCAACCUCAUCAUGGUUCAGGUGUCAAGUCCCAGGUGUGUUCUCUAGUGGAGCUUUUGGCAAAUACCCUAUACCAGGCUCAUGCUCUUUUCUAUAUACAGCCAGAAGAUGUGCCACCUAACCCUUCUCUGAACUGUGGCCUCUUAUUCUCUAUGUUAGAGACGAUAACUGCUCAGCACAGAACAGGAAAAGGCAUUAACGUAUUGAGAGAAGAAAUGCAAUCUGUCAGCUGGUUCAAGCACCUUCCGUCAUCCAUUGUAGACUUUCAGCCCACACUGCGGACACUGGCUCAUCCUAUAAACCAAGAUUAUCUGAGGGAAACUUUGCAGCAGUGGAUCAACAUGUGCAAUGAGGAUAUAAAAUCUGGUAUAUCUGCUCUGCUGGUGUAUGUAACGAGUCUGAAGGGACUGGCAGGUAUCCGAGAUGCUGUGUGGAAGCUACUGACUAGUGAGUCCAUGAGCCAGAACUGGGAGAAAGUUUGUCAGCGUCUCUUGGAUCGGCCUAUUCGGUUUUGGGAAGAUCUGAUGCAACAACUGUUUUUGGACAGGCUUCAGACAUUAAUAAAAGAAGGCCUUGAAUCCAUAUCCAACGACUCUGUGCAGCUCCUACUCUCCUCUCUGCAGGAGCUUGAAGGGAAUCCAGACACAGUUAAGCACAUCCAACACGAGAGCAACAUCUGCUCCUUCCUGUGGUCUGAGAGCCAAAGUGACCUUCCGACAGAUGCAGCCUGGGUCAAUGUGGGAAGUCGUGAACCCCAGCGCCGGAGCGGCUUGUCGCUGAAGGCACAGGCAGUCACUCCUUGCAUUCAGGGAUUCUGUCAAGCACUAGACUCUAAAUUAAAAAUGAAGUUGGAAGACCUCUUCUUUUACCUGCCACGGGACCCAUCUGCCACUGAACAGCAGAAUGAUUCUCUCACAACAGGCGCUAAACUCUCAGCCUUUGAUCGGUACGGAGAUGCAAGUACAGUGCAGGAGAUGUUAAGUCAACAUUGCCUUACCUGUAUGCAGCAAAUUCAGGACUCCGUGAGGUCACAGUUACAAAUGGCUGCACAGAUAGGACUCGGUGACCAUAACACUGUGCUGUUCAGCUCUAAACUUUGUAAAGUACUUUUCCUAGCAAGGCUAUGCCAGUCACUCGGUGAACUUUGCCCUCAUUUGAAACAAUGCAUUCUGGGUAAAUCUGGUAUUUUAGACAAGAGUUUACGGGAGCCUAGGUCUGGAAAAAAGUCUGGUAAAGGAAAGACUGCUGAUAAGCCUCAGGUUCUCUGCAAGUGGCAAGAGCUGAAAGAUAAACUUAUUAAACAGUCCCUGGACGCUUAUGCCAUCUGGAACUCAGUCGUGGUAAAACAUCUAGUUCAUUCCUUUACACACACACUUCUGCUUAACGCAGCUGGGUCAGUACUAGCCACUGCCACUCAGUGGGAGGAAACAGAAAUUCAAGAGGAAACUGAGGCAGGAAGUAGUGUGACGUCAAAAAUCCGGCUCCCGGGGCAGUGUUCCUGGUAUGUCCAGUCACUCUUGUUCAGCCUGUGUCAAGCAGUUAACCGUGUAGGAGGACAUGCAUUACCCAAAGUGACCCUGCAGGAAUUGCUGAGGACCUGCCUGGAGGAAGUGGUCAGUGCGUAUGGGACGCUGUGUCAGGAGACUGUAGGAAAGCAGAAACAGUCCACUUCCCUCACACAGAGCAGAGCUCUGCAGCUGUUGUUUGACCUCCGUUAUAUAUGCCUCAUUCUCAGCUCCCGCACCGAAGAUGGAAAGAACAGUAAAAACAAGCCGGACUCCAGAGUUCAGCAAGUGGCUGAUCAGCUGGAGCGAUGCAUUGACCCAUUUGAUUUGGAUGUUUUCACACCACACUUGAAUGUCAAUCUGAAUCGACUGGCACAGAGAACCUCAGUCUUGUUCGGUUUACUAACAGGAGCAGAAAACCAAUUUACCAGCAGAAGCUCAGCACUGGGAAUUCAGGAAAUGCACAACGUCCUCCCAUUGGCAUCCAGUCAAAUACGAUUUGGCCUGCUCCCUCUCAGUAUGUCUAGCUCACGAAAGGCAAAAUCGUUGGGCAGGACAGCGGAAGAUGUGAAAAUGCAGCUGUUAACGAGCCAUAAUCUUCUCUAGAAACACAAGUUCCUUUGACCGUCCCACAAGCUGAAGAUGACCGUUUUAGACCAGGCUCUUUGUUCAGGCAACUGGCGACCCAAGAAGACGACACUCAGGCACCAUCCCUCUUCAAACUGGGCUGGCUUUCCAGCAUGACAAAGUGACACCAAGAAAAACUCUUUAGCAGAACAUUAUCGCUGUAACAAAUUGUAAUUU